GUUAUUGAUCAGUUGAUAUAAAACUACCGUCCUGUUGUGAACUAUUUGAUAAAACCAACAAAACAACCGUAUAAUUGUCUUGAAGUAUUUGUUUUCAGGUAGGCAAUCUACCUACGGAAGAUCGCGGACCCCGCGUGGUGUUUACUAAAAUUAGUUUGUGAUAAUGCAUCUUUUUCUUGCUUUGGGCCUGUUCAUUGUUUGCGGAAUGGUUGAUGCAACUUUCUACAAUCCAAGAAGUCAAACAUUUAAUCAGUUGAUGGAAAGGCGGCAAAGAUCUAUUCCGAUCCCAUAUUCCUAUGGAUAUCAUUACAAUCCAAUAGAGCCAUCAAUCAACGUUUUAGAUAGUUUAAGUGAGGGAUUGGAUUCCAGAAUCAACACGUUCAAACCGAUAUAUCAGAAUGUAAAGAUGUCUACCCAAGACGUGAAUUCGGUUCCAAGAACUCAAUAUCAGCCAAAGAAUUCUCUCUACGAUUCAGAAUAUAUUUCAGCGAAGGACAUCCCUAGUUUAUUUCCGGAAGAAGAUAGCUAUGACUACAAAUACCUAGGUUCACCGUUAAACAAAUAUCUAACACGGCCAUCAACACAAGAAAGUGGCAUUGCCAUAAACCUAGUAGCUAUCAAAGAGACAUCUGUCUUCGACUACGGAUUCCCUACUUACAAAUCUCCGUACUCAUCGGAUUCUGUGUGGAACUUUGGUUCGAAAAUUCCAAAUACUGUCUUCGAAGAUCCUCAAUCAGUAGAAUCGGAUCCAAAUACUUUUAAAGUAUCAUCCCCCACUAUAAAAAUAGUAAAACUAUUGCCUGAAACGCCAGAACAAGAAUCAAUCAUUACGACAACAAAAAAUUAUGAAUUGAAUUAUAAAACUACACAAGAAACUCCGACUGAAGCUGAAUUGUAUCCUAUAACUUCAGAAGAAUUCCAGACCGAAGACGAAUGGCACCCCAUGGUGCCUAAAGAAAACACGACUAAAGAUGAAUCGAGUUUUAUAACAACAGAAGAACCCCUGACUGAAGAUAAAUCAAAUUCUAUAACAAUAGAAAAAACCCAGACUGAAGACGAAUCGAACUCUAUAGAAUUUAAUUCUAUCAGAACAGAAGAAAAAUCGAAUUCUAUUACAACAGAAGAAAACCAGAAGGAAGACGACGAAUCAAUGUCUACGACUUCGCAAGAAACAACAACAGCUUUUAAUCUAAAUGAUACGUUUGAUACAAAUAGGUAUUCGUCUUCUCAUGAAUCUCUUAUGUUAAGAAUAAGGGAACUAAUGAAGAACAUUGCAGAUCAACAAAAUAAAUCUCAGUUUAGAACCGUAGACAAUAUCCCUGCAAAAUCCCAAUCAAAUUUAUCAAGUGACGAAAGUACAAACCAACAAUUUGAGCCACAGUUGGUCAAUGGAGCUGAUACGUACAAAUAAUACUAAAAAUAAUAUCCAAAAUUAAAAAUAAUAUUUUAUUUUAUCACAUUCUAUAAUAUUAUCAUUAUUUUAAGUAUCUGCAUUUGUUUGAGAUAAAACAUAUUUCAUCAUGAAAAAAACUAUUAUCCUAUUUUUAUACCCAACAAAACUGUUAUAAUAUAUUUAGGUAUAAAGUAACUUAUUAUCGAAUAGUAUACUAUGCAUGUUUUCAUUGUUAACCUUAUUGGAAUAAAUAAACAACUCAUACACGCAUGUCACAUACGUUGAUAUUUUAAAAGAAUAAAUGUAUUAACUACUGAGUACUAUUGUAUAAUUUAAAAUGAUUAUUUCAAUAUAGUGGUAUUACUAACUAA